GCGACCGGCUGACAUCGACCGCUCAAGCCAGCCGAGACUCGCAAUGUGACUGUCAACUACCAACACGGCACGAGGAGGCUGUCAGAGGGUGGAGGGAGAGGCGUCAGCAAGCUCCUGAGAGCCAUUGCAUUGCAAAGGUGUUCGCUCACUCUUUCACUGUACGGGAGGGUGGGCAACGUGACGGGCAGACACUCAAAGAGCUCUCACGGUGUGUGUUUGUAUGUGUAUGAUGUGUAUCUCCACGCCCGAGAGCCUUCUCGUCACUUGCACUGCUUUGUCUGUGUGUAUCAGGCCGAUGGAACAACGCUCACGAGCCGAAACGCAUCGCUGGGCCAAGCAGAGUGAUGGGCGGCGAAGGGGAGGGGCGGCUGUUGCUUCACAUGGUGGCGGAGAGCGUGCCAGACACUCACAGGUGAGAGGGCGGCAAAGCAUGGCCAAACGGUGUCUGAUUGUGCUUGUGAGUGGUGUGAUUGUGUUGGGUGAUGUGUACAGGAUGGUGUCAGAGCGACAGAGAGUCCAAACGAUGGAAGCAACCUAACGCCAAUCCGAGGGAAACAAUGGUCGCAAGCAAACAAUGCGCAAGAUCCGUCAUGAUUUCACUGUGUUUUGCUUCGUUGUGUGUGUACAGGGUUCGUCUACGCGUCGAGGGGUGCGUCACGUUCGUCACCGAAGGCGAGGAGAACAAACGAGGUGCGCACACGUGAGUGAUGGAUCUGUAUGUGUACUGCAUCGUGUUGGGCGUGCGACUGGCCUGCGAUGCGCUCGUCUGCGUGUCUGUGUACUGUACACGUGUACGGAUUCACUCACUCGUUCACAGCGUCUGUGCUCAUCUCGGUUCUCUCUGUGUGCGUUGAACUGCUCUCUGCAGGCGUGUGUGUAUUGUACGAUCAGACGUAUACGUGUGCGCCGUCGCGAUCGGCCUCCCUCCGUCCUCUUCCCCGUGUUGGCAAGUACCACACACGUGUACGUCGACGUGCGCACGUUGCGGAUCGUGUGGGGUGUGCAUGUGUGUGUUCGCUGUGUGCAGCCGUCUGUAGACCUUCUGCGGCGUGUUGUUCUCGUCACCGGCAGCGGUGGCCCUUCUUGGAUGGUCUGCGUGUCUGUCGAUGCGCUACAGUGCUGCUAUUGUGAUGACCGGCCGCCCAUCUCUUGCACACGUGAGACCGACCAUCCAUCGAGUCGAAUCUGACGAGGCGUGGCGGGUUCGUGCACUGAGCAGCUCGGCGUGGCGGGAUCUGGCGUGAGG